GCAUACAUAAUAAAUAUAUAUAUGUUUCUUUAUAUGAAUCAAUAAAUUUCUGUAUAGUAUUAUACAAAGAGGAAAUCUUUAUCGAUGUGCGUGCACUAUUCUACGCAUGCAUAUUGCACCGGUAUAUUUCAUAUUGAUCAAAUAUUUAUGAUUUGUAACGUGAUUGUAAUAUAAAUAUAGUUAAAUACAUAUGUAGAUUAUAUAAAAUUUUUCACGAAACUGAAUUUCAUUUUACAGUAACAAAUCCAUAAUUAAAAAAAGUUCGUUUACUAACGAAUACUAUGCACUUAAAUAAUAAUAGAUUUACCCUUGCAUUUAUUUUCUAAUUUAUUUGUAUAAUUGCAUAAGUUGUCUGCAUUUCAAUUGUAAUUUAUUAUUAUAAGUUAUUAUAAAAAGUUAGACCACAAUAUUGACAUUAAAUACAAGAUAUGCAAGUAUUUAUUCUACCUCUUGUAUUAACUUUAAUAUUUCGAUCAAACUUCAUUGGAAAUCGAAGAUAUUUCAAUAAGCGAAGCUUCUAUUCUUCUUUGCCAAAAAAUUAACAGUAAAAUUAGUUAGAAGAAUGUUAAAUUUAAUUAAAAUGUAUAUAUAUAUAUAUAUUACAACGUAUCCCGGAUUUUAACGGCGCAACUUGUGUAAAUAAGAAAAGAAUGUUAUAAGAACAUAAAUAGUUUAAAACUUUAUUAAUAAGUUAUAAAAAAAAUAUCAAACAUGAAGGGAAUAGUAUAUAGUUAUUACUACGAUACAAUGUAAGAAUUAUAUCAGCAAUAUUUACAUUUAUUGUUAGUCUAUUUUUGCGUGCUGUGUCAAAGUUGUCAACGAUUUCUGAAGGUAACUUCAUGAUAAUUUCUGCCAGUACCAUUGAAUCGUUAGUAAGUUAGUGGACUUCGUACAAAAAAGCCGUAAUCAUUUACAAAUCGAGAGUAUGCAGAUAUACAUUUUGUUUGUUUCUGCAAUGGAAAUACCUAAACUGCUGUGAGAGAAUAUCAAAACGGGUUCCCUAAUAGAAGAAUUCAAAACAUGUGGAUGCAACUGGAUAGCUGUCCGGUACAUUAUGGAGUAUAUAAUAUUUGUGAAUUAAACAAUCAUUUUCCUCACAGAUGGAUAGGUCGAAGAGGGCCAAUACCUUGGCUCCCAAGAUCGCCUGAUCUCAUGCUAUUAGAUUUUUAUCUGCAUUUUAAGAUGGAAUAUUAGUUACUUUUGGAAGUGCUAAAAGUAUUAUACUACCUUCGACGGCCUGAGAUAGCAAGCACAGUUCGCGUAAAUAGAAUAAACGCCAAUAGAAUGUACUGACUGUAAGUUUCGUACUGUAAGUCUCGUCGUUAAAACCUAAGACACCCUGUAGAUAUAUAAAUGGAUCUAUUAUACUAACAAUAGAGCAAGUGGAUACGCCCCUGGGUGCACGAAUCCGCGCGUGCUUAAUCUUUGCGACUGUCACAUUCUGUCAAGCCCGGUUGUCAGCCUAUGCUCAUCAGCCAUGCUGUGUCUAACUGUAAAAAAUAACUUUUAGCCAUUAAGUGUCACUUGGUGCAGUUCCAAACUAGUAGAUAAAAAACGGUGGCUUGCAAUCGCGAUCAAACAUGUACCGUAUCUUUCCCGAUCUAAUAACCGAUACGGGUGUGUCUACGCGCGUGUUCCGAUACGUGAUCAAGUAUGUCAGUCAGUUUGUAAAAGUGCAAACUUGUAGCUGUAGCAAACAUUAGGUUACCAAUAAACAGUAAAUUUCCUAACGAUGUCAGCUGACAUCCUGCAGGAUAAAAGCGUAGCCUUGAACGGCAAGAAUGACGUACCGGUAGUCUCGCAACCCAUUACCAGGGGUGGACUUAGGGUUUACAAGAUUGUUGUUUUGGGCGAUGGUGGUGUUGGUAAAUCAGCUGUCACAUUACAAUUUGUCAGUCAUAGCUUUCUUGAUUAUCAUGAUCCAACUAUAGAGGAUUCAUAUCAGCAACAAGCAGUUAUAGAUGGUGAAGCUGCACUUUUAGAUAUAUUGGACACUGCAGGCCAGGUGGAAUUUACAGCUAUGCGUGACCAAUAUAUGAGAUGUGGAGAGGGUUUUAUGAUAUGUUACUCUGUAACUGAUAGACAUAGCUUUCAGGAAGCUUUGGAAUAUCGAAAAUUGAUAACACGUGUGAGAGCUAAUGAAGAUAUCCCAUUGGUAUUAGUUGGUAACAAAUUUGACUUGCAACAUCAGCGAAAGGUAACUACAGAAGAAGGAAAGGCACUUGCUGAGCAGCUUGGUUGUCCCUUUUAUGAAACAUCUGCAGCUCUUAGACAGUUUAUAGAUGAUGCAUUUUAUUCAUUAGUCAGACAAAUUCGAGCUAAAGAAAGGUCAAGAAAUUCGGAACACUUGCCGGAGGGGCUAAUUUGCGAAGAGGUUACAAUAUCGAUGGAUGUACACAAUGCCAGCUGGUCAGCGCUAUGUAUCGCUACAGAUGCUUUCCCGACGCCCAAGGAUGCGAGAAAUUGUAUCCCAGUAAAACGACUUUUGCAGAUGAGCUUUGGAAAAUAUGGCAUAGUGAGGAGGGUACAAAUCAGCAUUCACAAUCAACCGAAUGGGGAUGUAUCGUACAAGUGGGAGGUGUUGAUAGAUCCACGACAUGCUACACCUAAGGCAUUUGGUGUGUACAUACAGGAAACAUUGCAGCACUAUCUUGAAUCCACCUUGGAUCAGACACAUAACUAACUCGAAGCUUCUAUCACCUGACGAAACUAACACAGCAGAUAUGAAUUAUACGUAAAACAAUCUUGCAGCCUGAUAGAGACAGUAACUUUUUACUAUUACUUGGCUAUAGCUGUUGUACAUUUGACAGAACAACGAAUGAUUUUUAAGGCUGAGUAGGUAAAAAUGAAUCUACAUGAUUAACAUUUUUUGUACGACAAAGAUCAAGAAUGAAGAUAUUGCGAAUGUAAAGAUAUAUUACAUAAAAUUAUAUAGUACUAUUUUAAUGACUAAACUUUAAUAAUUUAUACAUUUUUUUUUUCAUAAUAUAAGUAUUUUUUAACAUAUUUUUAUAAACCGACGAUUUUUAUAAAACGAAAAAAUAAUAAGAAUGAUGAUACAAUAUUUCACAUAAUAUUGUAUGGUUUUAUUUCAACGACUAAAAUUUAUUUUAAUAUAUAAAUCGAUUCCUGGUGCUCUUUGACAUCAGAAAAAUAUCUAUAGAAAUGCGAGCUACUGUCGAAUUAGCUAGUACAUUUAUGCUUAUCACAUUUGUAAUUUUUUUGUAAACGCUUCUCUUUGGCAACUGUUUCUGAACACAUAAAUGUGCGGAGUUAAACUUAGAUUAAUUUUAAUCAUUGUAAUGAUAUAAUUUUAUGUGACAUUUUUUUUAUUUAAUUAUAUUAUAUAGAUAAGUGUAAAUAAG